CUCUUCCCUCAUACCCCCACUAUAAUUCUUCUUCUUUAAAAAAAGGAAAAGAUAAAUUUGGGGUCCUUUCUGUGUGUUAUAGAAAGAUAUAAAUAUAUAGUGUGUAAAGUCUUUUAAAGCAAAAAAUUAAAUCCCACACAAAUCAGGCAAUCAUGUUCCGUGCAUUGACUACAUCAACCACCCAGCUCAUCAGCCAGACAUUGUCUCCUCUUGGUCAGUCUGCUAGACAUAUGGCUUAUAAACUCAAGACUCACUCUGGUGCCAAGAAGAGAUUCAUGCCUACUGGUACUGGUAACUACAAGCGCUGGCAGGUGGGUCUUGGCCAUUUGAACUCUUCCUUCAGUGCCGAACGUGUCAAUCGUCUUAGUAGAGUUGUUCUUGCUACCAACACCCAAAAGAAGAUGUUGCGCAAGGCUAUGCCCUACACCUGCUCAUAAGUUUCUCUCUUUUUAUUUUCUAUUUUAUUUUAUUUUUUGUAUAUAUAUAAAAAUGAAUAAGAAGAAAGAAAAGAAUAAGCAAAAUAUAUACUAAAUUAUCAUGAUAAAUAUAUAUAUAUAUAUAUAUAUAUAAAGGAAACCAAAAAAAAAGGCUAUUUAUUGGACGACAAAUGAUUUAAAGCAAAAUAGAGAGUAAGAUAUCUACGAAGAUAAAG